AUCCCCAGCCUGGCACAGAUAUGGUUGUCUCUCCAGGGUUGUCCAUCUGUCCAUCCGUGGUUGAGGGUCCCUGCUCUGCUCCAGGCUCGGUGACAGCUGUACCAGGAGAUGUCCCAUCCUCAGGGCCAAGAGGAGAAUAAAGGCAGCCCAAGGGGGUGCUGUUGGAGAAUUAGGUAGAGGAGAGAAGAGGGGAUGAGUAAAGGAGAUGCAGUGAAGGAGAAAAAGGGACCAGCCAGCUCUGACACUGGGCCACCUGCUGCUUGUUGAAGAACCACUGUCAGCUGGGUGAGAUACAGAGCACAGAAAUGGACCGGAGGGCAACACAACCAUCAAACAUCGCCAUAUAAUCAUCACAGAAUGCCUUGAGUUAGAAGUGACUUAAAGCCCAUCCAGUCCCAACCCCCUGCCACGGGCUGGUUGCCCCCAUCAGCUCAGGAUGCCCAGGGCCCCGUCCAACCUGGACUUGAGAACCUCCAGGGAUGGGGCACCCACAGCUCUGGGCACUCUGGGUCCCCAUUCCUCCUUCCAUGGUUUUGGGGUCGGGGACAAGACCGGGCAGAGCAAUAGGACCCCAGCCUCCUGCAGGAAGGCCGCAUUUCCCACAACUUGCGAUUGUAUCUGCUGCAGUAAUAAACCUUCCUUCCUAUCACCCCUUGCAUAGUCUGCUUUCCAAGAGCUGCCUACUGGCUGGCGAGCCAUAAAGGGCUGGGAACACUGAGGGAGGGAGAGCACUGAGGGUGCAGAGGGCUUUUUGCAGUGCUUGGGCAGUACCCAGUGCUGUACCUGCCCCUUCCUAUGCCUGGAGUACAAACUCAAAGCCACCAGGGGCUUCCUGCCAAAGAUUUAUUCCAUUUGCUCCCCACCGGAGAUAUGCGGUCCUUUGUCUCUUCCCAUGGAAGCUCUAUGGAUCCUGGAUCCAUCCCAGGAUCACCCACAGAACAUCUCAUAAUAGAAGACGUGUCUCACAGCAGAUAGAGCAUCUCAAAAGUGAUGGACGUGUAUCGCGACUGAUGGACCAUCUCAUGGGUGAUAGAGCAUCUCAUGACUGAUGGAGGACGUCAUGACCGAUCACAGAACGGCUUAGACUGGAAGGGACCUUAAAGAUCACCCCCUCCACCCUGCUGCUGUGGGCUGGAUGCCACCCACCAGCUCAGGCUGCCCAGGGCCCCAUCCAGCCUGCCCUCGAGCACCUCCAGGGAUGGGGCACAGCAUAAACGACCGAGAAUCUCAAAAGCGAUGGAGGAGGACGUGUGGGUACGAGCAGAUGAGGAGCUCCUCAUGGGGGCGGCCCACCCAGAAAAGCUAGGGAUGCUCCAAUCGAGUUGUACGGGGUUUUAAGCAAACCCGAUCCGGUGGGUGACAACCAGCCCACGGCACCGGAUGGGACCGGACGGUCCUCAGAUCCAACCCACGCCAUCCCACGACUCUCCGAGCACCUCAGAAGGGACGGAGCGCCGCGCUCCCCCCGCGCAUCUCAACCCCGCCCACGCCCACCGCCCCGCCGCGCUCACAGCACUGACGGCCGCCGCGGCGCCGGGCCGGGCGGAGCCGCCUGACGCCAUCGCGCCGCGCCGAGCAGCGCUCCGCCCGGCGAUGGGCCCGGAGGGGGCGGCGGUGCGGGUGGCGGUGCGGGUGCGGCCGCUGCUGCCCAAGGAGGUGCUGCGCGGGCACCGCUCCUGCCUGCGCGGGGAUGCGGCCACGGGGGAAGUGGCGCUGGGCCACCGCCGCCGCUUCCGCUUCGCCGCCGUGCUGCCCGAGGCGGCGGGGCAGGAGGCCGUGUACAGCGCCUGCGUCCGGCCGCUGCUGCGGGCCUUCUUCCAGGGCUUCAACGCCACCGUCUUCGCCUACGGGCAGACGGGCUCCGGCAAGACCUACACCAUCGGGGAGGCCAGCGUCGCUUCCAUCAAUGAGGAUGAGCAGGGCAUCAUCCCACGAGCCAUGGCGGAGACCUUCCAGCUUAUCGACGAGAACGACCUCAUUGACUACACAGUGCGUGUGUCCUACUUGGAGGUGUACAAGGAGGAGUUCCGAGACCUUCUGCAGGUAGAUACAGCCAGCAAAGACAUCCAGAUCCGAGAGGAUGACAAGGGCAACAUCGUGCUCUGCGGUGUGAAGGAGUCCGAGGUGGAAGGACUGGACGAGGUGCUGAGCCUGCUGGAGAUGGGCAACACGGCCAAGCACACGGGUGCCACGCACAUCAACGCACAGUCGAGCCGCUCACACACCAUCUUCACGGUGACGAUGGAGCAGCGGCGCGGCGCUGGCCGUGUCACCCGCCUUGCCCUGUCCAACCAGCCCACCAUCCCCGCUUCAGGACAGGUCCUGGUUUCCAAGUUCCAUUUUGUGGACCUGGCGGGCUCAGAACGAAUCGUCAAGACAGGAAACACCGGGGAGAGGCUGAAGGAGAGCAUCCAGAUCAACUGCGGGCUGCUGGCCUUGGGCAACGUCAUCAGCGCCUUGGGGGACCCUCGGAGGAAGGGCAGCCACAUUCCUUAUAGAGAUUCCAAAAUCACCAGGAUCCUGAAGGACUCCCUGGGGGGCAAUGCCCAGACUGUGAUGAUAGCGUGCGUCAGCCCUUCCUCCUCCGACUUCGACGAGAGCCUCAACACACUGAACUACGCCAGCCGAGCUCAGAACAUCCAGAACAAAGCGGUGGUGAACUGCCGCAAGGAGACAGAGCAGGUGGAGGAGCUCCACAUGCAGAUAAAGAACCUGCAGAAGGCGCUGGAGCAGCGGCACCGCUCCGAGACACGCAUCAUCAACCGCUCAGACACCGCCAAGCGCUGCCCCCAGGAGCCCACUGCUCGGCUGCUGGCUGAGUGCGCACACUACCGGACCUGCACAGAUGCUGCUUACCGGCUGCUGAUGGAGCUGCAGGAGGACAGCAACCUGACGGUGGAGCAGAUCCUGCGGGUGAAGGAGUGGCUGUGCGCGGUGGAGAGUGAGAGGAGCGAGCUGACCUCGGCUGGGCUGGAUAGCGGCAUCGAGAGCACUUCUGCAGAGGAUCAGAGCCUCGAGGCGCAGGGCUGCAAGCUGCCCAAAGCCCAGGGGCAGGCGAGCACUGAGAAUGGCUGUGAGGCCAUCAAGGACAAGCACGUGGCCAACCUGCAGAGACAAGUGGAGCGCCUGGAGGAGGAGAACCGAGAUUUCCUGGCUGCCCUGGAGGAUGCCAUGGAGCAGUAUAAGCUGCAGAGUGACAAACUGCAGGAGCAGCAGGAUAAAAUCUCAGAGCUGCACGUGCGCCUGGAGAUGGCAAUGCCAAACCUAUGCGUGCCAGAGCUGCUGGAGAACCUGCACCUGGUCACUGCCACCCAGAGACCACAUACAGCCCCACUGACAGCCACGCAGCCCCACAGCCUCAACAGGGUUCCCACUGAGCAGAGUGGAAGAGGUCUUUGUCAGAAGCAGCUCGACAGCUCGCUCUCCUUAAAGGAGAACUCAACCAGCUGUCACCCAAACCUACGCAGCAGUGCAGAGCUCAAGGAAAUGGCCCUGAGGAGGGAACGCAGCCAGGGCUUGGAGAAGGCAGCCGAGCUGUCCUCAGAAGAGGAUGAAGAGUGGGAGCGGAGGCAGUCCCAGUAUCAACGCCGAAAUGGGAUUCCCAGUUGGAGUAAGAGAGAGGUGAGCAGCAAGCUGAGCGAGGAGCCAAACAGAGGCCAUCCCUUGAUUCAGGAGGAGCAGCUGGAGCUGCCCAAAGAGAUGUGCAGGAGGCAGGAGCGCCCUGCAAGGAAGGACUCAGAGUGGAGGCUGGGGCAAGCCCAGCAGAAGAUCCGGGAGCUGGCCAUUAACAUCCGCAUGAAGGAGGAACUGAUCACAGAGCUCAUCAAGACAGGCAGGGAUGCACAGGCUCUGAACAAGCAGUACUGCCAGAAGAUUGGUGAGCUGGAGCAGGAAGCAGAGCAGGUGCGGGCUGAGCUGAGUGACAGCCAGAAGCAGCUCCAGGAGCUGGAGGGCAAAGAGCCCUGGGACCCUGGGGAGAAGCGCAAGCUGCAGGAGUACCGCACACGCGUGGCAGCUGCCCAGAGCAAGGCACAGGUUCUGAGCAAAAAGAAGCAGGCAACCGAGAGGCUGGUGUCGCUUUCGGCCCAGAGCGAGAAGCGGGUGCAGGAGCUGGAGAGGAACAUCCAGCUGAUGCGGCGGCAGCAGGGCCAGCUGCAGAGGCGGCUGCGGGAGGAGAGCGAGCAGAAGAGGCGGCUGGAAGCAGAGAUGAACAAGCGGCAGCACCGCGUCAAGGAACUGGAACUGAAGCAUGAGCAGCACCAGAAAAUCCUGCGCAUCAAAACAGAGGAAAUUGCAGCUUUCCAGAGGAAGCGGCGGAGUGGAAGCAAUGGCUCCGUCAUCAGCCUGGAGCAGCAGCAGAAAAUUGAGGAACAGAAGAAGUGGCUGGACAUGGAGAUGGAUAAAGUGCUGGAGCAGCGCCGGGCCCUAGAUGAGCUGGAGGAUGAGCUGAGGAAGCGUGAAGCUAUUGUGGCCAAAAAGGAGGCUCUGCUGCAGGAGAAGAAUGGCCUGGAAAGCAAGAGGCUGCGCUCCAGCCAGGCCCUGACAGAUGACAUAGUUCGUGUGUCGAGCCGCCUGGAGCACCUGGAGAAGGAGCUGACGGAGAAGAACGGACAGCUACGCCACGGCAGUGCCCAUGACCAGCAGCAGAUCCGUCAAGAGAUCAGCAACCUGCGCCAGGAGAAGGACCAGCUGCUCAAGCAGAGGCUAGAGCUUGACAACAAGCUGCGCCAGGGCACAUUGCUGUCCCCAGAGGAGGAGCGGAUCCUGUUCCAGCUGGAUGAGGCAAUCGAGGCUCUGGAUGCAGCUAUUGAGUACAAGAAUGAGUCCAUCACAUGCCGGCAGCGCGUGCUGCGGGCCUCAGCCAGCCUGCUGUCCCAGUGUGAGAUGAACCUCAUGGCCAAGCUCAGCUACCUCUCCUCCUCUGAGACAAGAGCUCUGCUCUGCAAGUACUUCGACAAGGUGGUGACACUGAGAGAAGACCAGCACCGGCAGCACAUUGCCUUCUCAGAGCUGGAGAUGCAGCUGGAGGAGCAGCAGCAGCUGGUGCACUGGCUGGAGGCAGCCGUGGAGCGGCAGCGCCUGGAGAUGGACCGGCAGCUCACUCUGCAGCAGAAGGAGCAUGAGCAGAGCAUGCAGCUGCUGCUUCAGCAGAGCCGUGAACACAUGGAGGAGGGGCUGGCCAGCAGCAAGCUGCAGUAUGAGGGGAGGAUCCAGGUGCUCGAGAAGGAGCUGAGCCGUUACAUGAGGGCAAACCAGGAGCUGAGCCAGAGGCUUAAUAGCAUCAAUCUCCACCCAGGAGCAGCCAAAGCAGGGGUGGAGAGAAAUGUGCACACAGGGACCUGUGAGGAAUUCAGCCAUGGGGAGCCGCCCCUGCCUCCUGCAGAAGAGAACCAUCGAGGCAGGGAUGAGAGCAGGGACCUGGUGCAUGCUCCUCUGCCUGCAACAUGGAGACGUUCCUCCCUGCCCACUGACAGCACCGGAGACUCAAGGCAUGAGGUGCACUUGCCCCGCAGCCUGGGGCCUGCCAAACCACGCCGGGAGCCCCGCAGAGCCAGCCUGAAUGUCACCCCCCUGCCUUACCACCCAGCAAUGAUCGAUGUUAGGAAAAAUCCCCUCUAGGCACAGGCUUAAUGCUUAGCUAGCACAGGGCAGGAAGGAGUAGAUAUUGCGGGUGUGAGCUUAGAAGCCUUUCUGCCCCCAAGCCAGCCUGAGGAGGCCCAAGGAAGAAAGAAAUGCAACUUUUCACUUGCAACAAGUGUGCAAAGUGUGGGACAGACAGUUUACACUGUGUUGCUGCCAGUCUAGGCAGCAUUGAUCCAACACCUUUCCUCCUGCACCCUCAGCAGCUUAAAUGCUGGGAAGUGGGAGACACCUCCCACCCUGUCCUCUAACACUAAGAACAUUUUUACAGCUUGGAAACCUCUGCUGGAGGGCUUGCUUAGCCCUCAACAGCCUGAGGGAGAUGCUCAGCAGUUCUGGAAGAUUUGUACAUAGACUUUUUUGUAGUAACUUUUUUUUUUUUAGAAAAAUACAUUUCUACUGUAACUUUUCUAAUAAAGCAGAGCAAGUUCUAUGAA